AUAUCCCACACGUAAAUUUUCAAGUAUUUUUUUACAGUAUGGAAAUAUAUGAUGUAUCUUUUGACUUGUCUUGGCUUCUCGAUGUGCUAGCUCCUGGCUGUUCCCUCGUGGCACUUACACUAGCGCUGACACUCGCGUGGAUUUGAUCAGAAAAAUGCGUGUUAAUUAACGUAACGUCCACUAGAAGAGUUCGAUCAAGUAUUUUACAAGCCGACGAAAUAUUUCAAUUGCCUGCCGGGAACAAUAAUUUAACGUAUCGACGCAAUAUACUACUAAUAUAUGCGAUGUAUUGUUCAUUAGCUCGAAACAUAAUGGAAACCCAUUAUGGAACCCAUUAGGAAAAGUAUAUAACGAAGAUGUGAUUGAUCGUCUUGAAGGUCGGCGAUGCUUCGCGUGUGUUGAUUGUUAUCAUUGCGCGAGUCACGUUCGCGAGCGACAACGGUUGACAAUUGACGCGAGAUGACGUAGUCCCUUUUUCGUCCAUUGUUUUGGUAGUCCCGGGCGUUGCGAACUUUUCCGUAUAACCGAGUCAUUACGCUUCGAGCCGACGAGUGACGAACAGCGCGACGCGAAGAUACGUGUAUCGGCGCGUUGGUCGCAAUUCCCGCGCGUCUCGGGUGAUAAAAAUAUUUCGCCUGCUCUUGAAAUAUUUAAUCGGACCGGGCUCUCGCGCCGGCAUCGCGUUAGCAUGCAUUUCCCCGAUUUGAAAUUUACGCGAGUGUCAGGGCCAGGUUGAGUAUUCGGAGUGCCAGGAUGGAAUAACGAGGAGCAAAGUGCUGGAUCGGGCAACCAGGACGGAGGAUUCAGGACAGACUACGACGUCGACAGCGACAUACAUCACACAUUUCCAGGUUCGGCGAUAAAAUGGCGAGAAACGAUCGAGGAUAUCGUUCGGGAUCUAUUGCGUCCUACGUGGAAUCGAUAUCCGCUUCCGCCGGAAAUUCAAGGGACGAAUCGUCGCCCGUAUCCGAGAUGAGUCUUCCUGUGACUACUCUCAGGAUAGAGGAGACGAUUUACAGAGCGGAAGGAAACGCCAAUAUCGUCAUCGCGCUACCGCAGGAGUGCAAGGUAAUACGAUUCCGGAAGUCGUCGCCGGGCGAGGUUUCACCGGAUGGCGGCGAAGCACGCGUGCUGCGGGAGGUGGGGUUCGCCAAGAACGUGGUUUCCUGUUUCUUCGGGCCUUACAUGUAUAUUCCCGAAAUCGUCCGUUACGAUGCAGCCGAUAUGGCAAAAUUGUCCGACGCCAUCCGCCAUCGUCGACCAGAGAAACGCCGGCACAAGGAAAUCACGGGCACGUACGCCAUGAAGUUUCCGGAUUAUACGUUUUUGGAUUUGCGCCUUCAAUUUGACGAGACAGUUUUCCGCGGACGCUCAUCGUUCUGCGUAGAGAUAAAGCCGAAGCAGGGAUACUUGCAACAGGCGGAGCAGCGGAUUCUCAGAUGCCCGUAUUGUCUUAUCCAAUACACCAAGCUGCGGAAAAAGAGCAUCUCAGCUCGCAGCAAUUAUUGCCCGUUCGACUUGUUCUCUGGAGUGGAGACGCGCAUGAAAGCUGCCGUGAAAGAGCUCCUGAAGUCUCCGCAGAAUAAUCUGAAGAUUUUCAGGGACGGUCUUGUCGUCUACGACCAAGAGUCCCAGCCGGGCGAUCUCGAGGACGUGUUGGACCAAUGGUUUCAGAAUACGGCAGCGUGUCGUAACGAGUGUGCUGGCGUCGACGAGUUCUGCAAUUUGGUGUGCGCCGCUCUUACACGACCUCUCGUCCGAGAGCAGCUGGAACCGUUGUUCGCCGCCAUACGUCCUGUCCGUCAUUUUCUCCUACCCUCGAAUCAAGUUCCGACAUUCUGCGCUGAACCGAACGUGGUUGCGAGAGCCGAGAGAUGCCUUCGUCUCGCGGAAAAGGCCUGCAAUUUCGACAGCGACGGGUUGCCGAGAGGCUCUGUGCUGGAGCGAAUCUGGAAUGCUCAGCGAUUGUCUUAUAUGAAUACUAAUUAUAUCUACAGUAUCUACUCGAGAUUUGCGACACUGCUGAAUGACGAUAUGAUAUAUUCCGAUUUGACAAAGUUACAUGGAAGUUGCGUCUCCACCGACGUCCCUCGCAUCUUAUCCGAAAGACAUGCUAGUGCAGUCAUCCAAAAAACAGAGGCCAUAAAAGGAGUAUAUUUACAGACACUUUUUAAGAGCUCCAUCGAGACGAGAUGCGACGAUGAUCUUAAUAGGAAUCGCAGUGCUGCCGGUUCGGAGCGUAUCUUAUCUGCUAAUAGCGACAAAACGCUCGUGAAUGACGGCUUCGUAUCGCAAACAGGAAUUAGUCCCAACUUAGAUUUGCAGCAGUCAUUUUGUGAGAGGAACGAGUGUCUGCAUAAUCAGAUAGCUGACAACGAAGGUGACCAGCGAAAGGCAAAUACAUCGAUCACCGCCGAGCACUUGUUAGCGUUGCAAAAUUACCUUUUGUUUGCUACAGUCAGAGAUUGUUCGAUAUUAAUGACCUUCCGUGAAUUACAUCCGGAAAAUACAUGGAGAGUACCUGUGGAAAAUACAAUCAAGCUCUCGGAGCAACUUUGCUUUUUGAGUAGCGUCAGAGUCUCGGAUCUGGAUCCGAAAAGUGUUCAUUCCAUCGAAAGACACCGACAACGAGAUGUAGAUAUCUUCGAUGCUGUGAUUUCUUCGUUAGAAGAAGAUAUUCUAUUUAAGAAUAGACAAUCGUGCGAAACGCGACGCCAGGAAGGAUGCAAUAUUUAAGGAUCUUCUUAACAGCGAAAGUGUAUAUACACGUAAUUAAUGAUACGCUUACCGAUACCAAAGCAUGCUAUUUUUUAUGUGAUUCUACUUGCAAUGAUCAGUGUAUAAGCGAGAAUAUCAAUGCAAAUUGGUAUAUUGGAUUGAACUUAUUUCCAUAUAUACUGUAUAUAGAUGAAAAAUUAUGUAAGCACAAGUUUUGUGCGAUAAACAAACAAAUUACAUAUCUUUUAGGGCUGUAAAACCACUACUUAAUUUUUAUUUUUUGUAGUUGGACAGCGAGCUGGACUCGUUAGAUUUUUGAUCAGGAUUAGGAAAUGUUGUUUAGGUAACAUUGUUACUAUCACUAAUUCUUUUUUUAAUAACGAUUUAAUAACGGAAUUAGUUUCUUAUUAUUAAUGAUGACGAAUGUAAUCAUUAUUUUCAUAUUUACUUUGUGUGUACGGAUAACAUGUACAAAUAUGGGAUAGGCGAUAGCGAAUUGUAAUAAAAAAUCUCCAAAAUUUAGAGGAAAGUAAUUGAAAUUUUAACGAAUCAUUAUUUCUUUUAAAUUCUUUGAAAAUUUAUCUUUUUCGAUAUAUAAUAAGCAAUUUUAACUAGUUAUUUUAAAAGAAGGUAAUUUUACCAACUCUGGUUAUCAGGAUUUUAUAAUCGUAUGCAACAUUGAUUUAUUCUUUAUUGAUGAAAUUGUAUAAGCAAGUUGAUAAAAUAAUGAUUAAGUAAUUUGAUGAUUGAUUAAGUAAGAUUAAAAUUGAUUAAAUAAGUGAUUUAUUAAUUUGUGACAAAAAAAAUUGAAUAUAGUGACAUAGAAUAAAUUAUUUAUUGAAAAAAAUUAAAGAAGCGGUAACGGAAUGUGCGUAUGUGGUUAUAAGAUAUUAAUAAUUACAUUGUGGUUAUUCUCCCAGUUAGUGCCGGUUAUUUUGUUGCGUAGUAUGUUUAGAACAGCUACAACUAAUAAGAUUCUUAUCACUCAAUGUAUCUCGACUGCAAAUAGUUCAUAUUUAUUGCUUUUAAAAUCUAUAGAGCAUAUCGAAUAUAUAUAUAAGUCAAAAUAAAGUUGUUUGCGGCAUAAGCUUUAUACAUAUGUUUUUGUAUAAUUUCUGAUUACUCCAUUUGGAUUAUAUUUUAUUGACUAUAUCAAAAUGUACAAAAUGAAUAAGUUUGUAUAGCGAAAAGAAACGUUGCGAAUAGUCAGGAGUCAAAGUAACUUUUUUACUAAUUUAAAUGUGUGAAGAUCUCAUAAUUAUAAGACUCACUUUUAAAUGGAUAUGAAUAAGCUGUUUAAAUUGGGACUUGUUAGGGUCGGUUUUUCAAUAGCAGUUUAAACUUGUAUUCAAGUUUAAACUCUAUUCUAACAAUGCGUUUGUUUUGUUUAAACAGAGUUCAGGUUAAAAUCUAAGUUUAAACUAUCAUUUUAAGUUUAAAUUAUAAACCAGUCCUUAGUGUCUCUUUUCCUUAGAUGGCGUAUAAAAUGUGAAAGUAAACAGGGCUCAUAUGUUGAAAACGGAAAUGUAUAUUCUCUCCUGAAAUUUGAUUUCAACAAUAUAUGAUAUUCCGAGACAUAUA